AUGGUUUCUCGCCGCCGCCCCGCCAUCAUCCGCUUGCUUGGCCGCACCAGUGUCCCGCUCGAGCCCACCCUCUGCGAGGUGCUCUACAGCUUUCGCCAGAGUGCUCACUCCGAUGAUCCGAAGGUUGCCGUCAGGCUGCGGCGCAUCCAGGCCGCGGCCGGUGUCCGGACCGAAGAUGACGUAGACGCACUUCAGAUGCUCGCGUUAGACAUUCUUCGCGUUGGCUGGACGACGAUGACGAGCAAUGGGAACGCCGAGAGCUGGAAGGGUCCCUCGCUGAUCACCAGUUCCGAAGCUUACGUGCUCAACUCCGAGCUCCCAGAGGAGCCUCGUGGCCGCGGUUUCGGUCCUGUGAGCCCUGUUCGCUCAUUUGUUGAUGAUUUCUUCGUCUCCGAAAGUCCGGAACGAACUUCUGACAGACAAGGUGUUGCAUCUGAGCGCGUGGUCGCACCGUCGGAUUCUGCGCUGCCCGCCCCGGUGCCUGUUCGCCCUAUCGACCCCGUUUUGAAACUUUCGCUAUGCGAAGACCUGCCUCCCACUCCACCGCCCAGCCCUUCCCCUGUCACGCAGGCCACAGCCAACGUAGCGAUCGAUAUCAAGUCGCCAGCCACUCUCACCGUACCUGAUUCUUCUCUCGUCUCUCUUUCCCCUCGCCAGCGCGAAGAGUGCGACAUGGUCAAGGACUAUAUGGAACGACGCAUUAACGGCGCCUCGUGGGAGUCGACGACCAACCAGGGUCUCGACCCGAUCGAAGUUGACGACUGGGAGAUGCCGCUGCGCACUGAGUUCACCUCGUACCUCUGCGAACAAGCUAUCAACCAGAUCUGUGCGCAGCACCUCGAUAUGGCGCGUCCCUUCCGCGACAUGCCCACCGUCGUCGAGAACGACAAGUGUCCGACGACCGGCGGCGUCAAAGUCGUCGAGGAGGGCACCCUGCCCCACCGCUCUCCACCUCACAGCCUGACCGCGCAAGAUAGGCUCCAGAGACUGCGUCAAGUGCUCAACGAGAAGCGGAAGAGCGAUGAGGUACCGGUUUUGACCGUGCCUGAGCUGAAGGCUCUCGCGCUGGUUGAGAAGGCGAAGCGCACGGAGAAGGCAGUACAACACGUUUCGUCGACGGACGGUGUGGCCGAUGCGGAGAAGUGCGAGGCGCGAUAA